GGGGGAGAGGGAGUAUGACUUAAAAUCUUGCUAAUAUUGCUAGAUUUGCUCAUUAGAUUUCAUCUUGGCCAUGCAUGAAAUUUGUGUGAAUCCAAUUCUAGAUUUCACCUAUCUUGUCACUCAAACUUGUCCUUUUGAAAUAUGCUUUAUAAUUGUUUCAUUUCUAACCCCCCACACAACUUUCUUGAUGGUGGAACUCCCACCACUACAGCCAUUUAGUCAUUUACAUCACCAUUUCCUUUCCUUUCCCUCCUCUAUUCUUCCUUGUCUAAGAAACUCUUCUCUACAAACUACAUUAAGUUAGUGGCAUGUCUGCCAUUUUGAGAACCAUCUUCACCCAAUAACAAUCUUGUUACUUUUUUUGUUCAAAAACUACUCAACAAAUUAAUAUGUAUUCCCCACUAGGUUGUCGACAGAGAAGAUUUUUCACGAUCACUAACACGAGUCGUGGUUGCUGCAAAUCCGCUUUCACUCCUAAGUCUCCUAACUAGUAUUUUAGCUUCAAAUACUACAAUUUACAAUUCUUUUUUUUCCCUUUUCCUUUAUGUUAAUACCUAUACAUAAGUUACAUAAUCACUUUCCACAAGUUUCAAAGCAUAUCAAAAGAAUCAUUCUUCCAAGAAAAGAUGAGGCUGACUAAACUUGCAAUAUAGUCAACAACUUCACUUUCAUCAUCUAUAUAUAAGGCUCUUCAAAAGGGACUUUACCAUCAAUAUAUAGAGUAGUUUCUUUUAAACUAAACUCUAGUACUAUAGCAUCCAAGAAACUUCAAAAUUUCAAAACCCCACCAACAAAAAGAACAUCAAUGUCAUUUUCUUAUGCCAAAUUCUCUGGUUUCUUCUCUAGUGAUCUCCUUCCUUCUCUUGGAACCAAAACCAACCAUGAAACAAAGCUUCGAAAAUAUAUCAUUUCCCCUUUGGAUCUUCGUUACAGGGCUUGGGAGAUGUUUCUACUAUUACUUGUCAUCUACACGGCGUGGAUUACACCUUUCGAGUUUGCAUUUCUGAUAUACAAAAUAGAUGCCUUGGUCAUCUUUGACAACAUUGUCAACUGCUUCUUUGCUAUUGACAUUUUCCUUAACUUCUUCAUGGCUUAUCUUGAUAAAGAAUCUUAUAUUCUUGUUGAUGAUCCUAAAAAGAUAGCAAUAAGGUACUUAUCAACCUGGUUCAUAUUUGAUGUUUGUUCCACUGUACCAUUUCAUGAUUUCCUUUUUAUUGAUCACAAAGAGGGCGGCGUUGGAUUUAAGUUGCUCAGUAUGCUCAGACUUUGGCGUCUUAGAAGAGUCAGUGCCCUGUUUGCAAGGCUUGAGAAGGACAUCCGUUUUAACUAUUUCUGGACACGAUAUGCAAAACUGAUAUCUGUAACUUUGUUUGCUGUGCAUUGUGCUGGAUGUUUUAACUAUGUGAUUGCAGAUAGAUAUCCUGAUACUAAAAGAACAUGGAUUGGUGCAGCAAAUCCCAAUUUCAAAGAAGAUAGCCUGUGGGAUAGAUAUAUAACUUCAUUAUAUUGGUCUAUUGUGACACUAACAACAACUGGUUAUGGAGAUUUACACGCUGAGAACACAAGAGAAAUGCUCUUUGACAUAUUUUACAUGUUGUUCAACUUGGGAUUGACAUCUUACAUCAUUGGUAAUAUGACAAAUCUUGUAGUUCACUGGACCGGCUACACAAGAAACUUCAGGGAUAAUGUAGAAGCAGCUCAAGAAUUUGCUAAAAGGAAUCAGUUGUCACCAAGGAUACAAGAUCAGGUUUUGUCUCAUAUAUGUCUUAAGUUCAAAACUGAAUCAUUGCAACAAAAAGAGACCAUGAAUGUUCUGCCAAAAGCUAUAAGAUCAAGCAUUGCACAUUACCUGUUUUUACCAGUAGUUCAAAAUGUCAGUCUGUUCCGAGGCGUUUCCAGGGACCUGCUUUUCCAACUGGUUCCUGAAAUGGAAGCUGAAUACUACCCUCCCAAGGAAGAUGUGAUUUUACAGAAUGAGUCUCAAACAGAUUUUUACAUAGUAGUCUCAGGAGCAUUGGAUCUUCUAGUAGAUAUCGAUGGACGUGAACAAAUCAUUGGGAAGGCUGUUGCUGGAGAAUCAUUUGGAGAAAUAGGUGUUUUACUUGGAAGGCCACAACCAUAUGCUGUUAGAACAACUGAAAUUUCUCAAAUUUUAUGUCUGAGUAGGAAAACAUUUCUGAACAUUCUUCGCGACAAUCAAGAAGAUGAACGGAUUAUAAUGAGAAAUCUUGUUCAGAACCUGCAAGGAUUUGGAGGCUUUGAUAACAUGGACGAGGAAAGUGAUCCAAGUUCUCAUGUUUCUAAGCAAGAUACGCCAACCAACCCUAGCGACCUGAUUAGUAUAAAUAUCCAAACUUUAGAAGCUAGAACCAAGAGACAAGUUGAAAAUGAAGGUGAAAGUUGCGGACAUAAACGCCAGACAGUUCUUGAUCAUUCUGUAGUUCCCAAGGGGCAUAUUGAAAUGGCUCCGAGUCUACCAGAAAGAAGGUGGGAAGAAGAUCAACUUGACACAGGACGUGUAGGAAACAAAAGUAUCCAUGAGGUCCCCUUCUGUUCUAAUUCAGGUAAUAGAAGUCAAACUGGUGCAAAGGGGGGAAAAUCUAUCAAGAAGAGAGUUACUAUUCACAUGAGAAACAACAUCAACUCAUUGCAAGAGCAGAAUGGGAAGCUAAUAAUAUUACCCGAUACACUAGAAGAGCUAUUCAGAAUGGCAGGUCAAAGAUUUGGGGAGUACAAUCUGAAGAAAGUUGUAAAUGCAGAAGAUGUAGAAAUAGAUGAGAUAGAUGUCAUUAGAGAUGGAGAUCACUUGUUCUUUCUUUCAACUGAUUGCUCAUGUGUAGAAACUAGUACAAUGUGACAUCAUAAUUCACUAUGUUGUUUUUUGCACAUCUAGUGUCUACCAAGAAUUUCAAACCAAAAAAAUUGUAUGUUGUUCCAUUGAAAACUGAACAACAUAUUGAUGCCAAGGUGGCACAUAAAUAAUCUCAGUGGCAGUCUAUGAUAUGUGACUAUUUGAUUC